GAUUGACCUGAACAGCGCUCACAGCAGCCGUGCCUUUCCCUGCAGCCCAGCUGUCAGUGAGACCGCACCGCCGCACGCAGCACCUCUCAACCGUACGUUCUGUGAAAGAAAACCUGCACCACAGAGAAAAUGAGAUGAAACACUCUGUGAGAGAGUCCUGCAUUCCCCGGCAUAUUCUGGGGGAAAAUUUUGGACGCUCUGGGUGUUAUUGCCCAAAUAGCAAUUUGGUGCCCUUUAGGAAACGUUGUUGAAAAAUGUUCCUGACUCGGAGAAAGAGACUUCAUCUGAGCCGGAUUAUAUUUCUUCUCUCUGGGGUUUUCCUUUGUUCUUUAUAUCAGCUGACUAUUAGAGCCAGACUACCAGAACCCUGGCCAGAGCCACAGAUAUCAGAGGACCAUGAUGAUGGCUCUGGAAAUAUUAUGGAAACAGGACUGUUGGCUGUGACAGAGGUUACAACUAAUUUGACCACUGCUGUUGAGACAAAGCACUCCAACCACACAGAUGGGGUUCAGCUGUUUGAAACAGCUACAACUGCAGCCCCUACAACCAUACCUACAACAACAGAUCCACCUUCAACAACCACAAAUAGGACAAUCAUCCAUUGCAUCUAUGUGGAUCCAGACCUUCCAAAACCCACCCCAGUUCCCACUCCAGCAACUGAUACUACGACUCUUGUGCCCAACACUACAACCUCCAGACCCGGAGAGGCACCUUACAUGAAGGGCGAAUAUCCGGAGGACAUCUUCUCCAUUGAGGACAGACGCAAAGGCUGGGUUUCUCUUCACAUUUUUGGAAUGGUAUACAUGUUUGUUUCUUUGGCCAUUGUCUGUGAUGAGUUCUUUGUCCCUACAUUGGGGGUUAUCACAGACAAAUUGGAGAUCUCGGAUGAUGUGGCUGGGGCGACUUUCAUGGCUGCUGGAGGCUCUGCUCCUGAACUAUUUACUUCCUUGAUUGGUGUCUUCAUCUCCCAUAGCAAUGUGGGCAUUGGAACCAUUGUUGGCUCAGCUGUCUUUAAUAUCCUGUUUGUGAUUGGAAUGUGUGCUCUGUUCUCUCGGGAGAUGCUUCACCUCACCUGGUGGCCUCUCUUUCGAGAUGUUUCCUUCUACAUCCUUGAUCUCAUAAUGCUCAUCAUAUUCUUCUUGGACAACACCAUUAUGUGGUGGGAAAGUAUGAUGCUGGUGGGUGGUUAUGCUCUCUAUGUGGUCUUCAUGAAAUUCAACGUUCAGAUUGAAAAAGCCUUUAAGACUCAACUCAGGAAACAUAAGAGCAUCGUCAAAGUCAUCGCUGUGGAAGAACCUGAGAAGGACAAUGGGAACUCAGGUGAAGACAACAGGUCACCUAAACCAGAAGACAAGAAUCAAUUAAAGGACAAUGGGACCUCAGGUGAAGACAACAGGCCACCUAAACCAGAAGACAACAAUCGAUUAAAGCUGAAGCCCACUUUGCAGCGCGGGGGCAGUUCUGCUUCUCUACACAACAGCACCAUGAGAAACACCAUCUUUCAGCUGAUGAUUCACACACUGGAUCCUCUUGGAGAGGUGAAAUUUAAAGACAAGGCUCAGAUUUUGAAUGACAUGGCCCGGGGGAAAGUAGAGAGCAAAAAGAAGGAAAAAUCUGGUGAAGUAGGUGAUCAGACAGAGCCACCCAAGGAUUCCAAAGACACGGCUGCUGCAGCCAAGGAAGAAGAUGCCAAUCAAAAACCUGAGACACAAAAGGAGGGAGACACUGCAGCAGGAGGUGGAUCAGAGAAGCCAGGAGGGUCAGACGGCUCAGACAGCAGUGAGGAAGAUGGCAGUGAUGACGACAGUGAUGAGGACAGUGAUGAUGAUGAUGAAAAUGAAGAUGAAGCUGAAGAGGAUGGGGAUAGUGAAGAACCUCUGUCCUUAGAAUGGCCAGACACCAGACGUAAACAAGCAACGUAUUUGUUUCUGCUGCCCAUCGUGUUCCCAUUGUGGCUGACAGUUCCAGACGUCAGAAAUCCUGCAUCAAAGAGAUUCUUUGCCAUCACCUUCCUUGGCUCUAUAGUGUGGAUUGCUAUAUUUUCCUAUCUUAUGGUGUGGUGGGCUCAUCAGGUGGGUGAGACCAUCGGCAUCUCAGAGGAGAUUAUGGGUCUGACCAUUCUGGCUGCAGGAACAUCCAUUCCUGAUCUUAUCACUAGCGUGAUUGUGGCUCGUAAAGGCUUGGGAGACAUGGCUGUCUCAAGCUCUGUGGGCAGCAACAUAUUUGACAUCACCAUGGGGCUGCCAGUGCCCUGGUUGAUGUUCUCGCUAAGUCAUUCGCUGGCCCCUGUGACUGUGAGCAGUAAUGGGCUCUUCUGUGCUAUUGUGCUGCUCUUCAUCAUGCUUCUCUUUGUCAUCAUCUCCAUUGCUGCCUGUAAGUGGAGGAUGAAUAAAGUGUUGGGAUUCACCAUGUUCAUCCUCUACUUUGUGUUCCUGGUGCUCAGUGUCAUGCUGGAGGAUCGGAUCAUUGUAUGUCCUGUGUCCAUCUGAGCACAACAGUUUUGAUACAGCUUAACAUUCAGCUAGCACUGAAUGGAGACUCUCAUGUCAUGCAUCACCAUUAAAAAUGCUCUUAUUUGUCACUUUACAUAUAAAGUAUAAUGUAUUUAAAGCAUUCCUGGACUCAGUGAGGUUUUCGUUCAUCAUUUGCUCACCCUCAUGUUGUUCCAAACACGUAUGACUUUCUUCUUUCUUCCCACACAAAAAUGUUUGUUAGUCUGUAUGUUAGUCUGUCACCAUUCAUUUCCCUUGUAGUGUAAACAAUGAAGGGCUAACAUCCCAACAUGAGGGUGAGUAAAUGAUGACAGAAUUUUCGUGUGAACUGUCCCUUUAAAAUGAAAUGCUCAUUUAUGUUUCAUAGUUUGUAACGUCACAGGCCCUGUCCAAAAUGGUACUCUCUGAGUCCACAUUUUGUUGAUGUAAUGCUGAAUCAACUGCUACGAGGUCCGCACCAGUGUGGGCUUUGCAAAAGGUCAUAUCGAGGGUGUAUUGAGGCCACAUAGGGAAAUACUCUUGAGCACCCUUUUGAACUGUAAAAUGACAAAUGGGACACCCUACUGUCUUCUGGACAUCACAGACAUGCAAACAAAAGCCAGUAGACCACAUAUUCACAUUAAGUACGCUGUUUGGGACAGGGCCACAGUAUACUGAAUAUGGAAAUCUAUAAUGAUCUGUGGAAAUCUGAGAAGAUGAUGCCAACUAACUAUUUAAUUCAAUAUGUGUUUAUACUAAAACAAGCAUGCAAAAUAUAAAUUUAUUGACAACAAACAGAAUCACAAAGAUUACAUGCCAUUGCCACAACAUAGAAACAUGGCGGAAACAGGAAAUGCCCCUUUAAUUUUUGUCUGUGAUGAAAAUUUGUUUCCAAAUCUGUAUUUGAUGAAUUUAAUAUUGUGAUUGUAUUAUUUGAUGUUGCGGAUUUUAGAUAUAGCUACAGUAUGAGUGAGUUUUUCUUUCCAAACUGUAAGCAAGAAUUCACAAAAUUUGGAAAAAUUGUGAGCUUAUUGUAAAUUAUGUAAUUUAAUCAAUUUAAUCAUGUUCUGCAAUGGAAUUUUUUUUUUUUUUUGUAAUAUGGAAAUGAUUCCAUUAGCAAGCGUUUUAAAUGCAGCUCUUGUGCUGUAUGUAAAAUAUGAUUUACAAUUUUUUUCAACAUAAAAGUAGAAUCAAAAUACUUAACUUAUUCUAAUGUAAUCAGUGUUAUUCUGAUAUAAACAGUUGUGAAUUUCCAUACAAAUGCCACGUUGCUGUUUGAACAAUGCAGAAUAGAGAAAAUUGUCCUGCUGACUGUUGCUCACUGUAUUGAUGUCUCUGAGAGUUGUUCAUUGUAAAUAUUCACUUGUCGGUA